AUGAAUGAAGGUAAUAAGGAGACAAUGGAAAAUACUGAAAUGGAUACUUCUACAAUAGUGAGUUUCAACACAGAAACUAGAAAUAACGUUAAAUAUGCUGGAAUAUGUAUUUACAAUAUGAGUAGUAACGAAUUCUCAUUAUGUGAAUACAUAGAAAAUGAACACUUUACCGUUUUGGAAUCGAUAUUAAUACAGUGUAGACCAGCAUGCUUUUUAUUUUUAACAAGCAGUGACAAAAUAGAUGAUAAGAGAAUAAAAUUAAUACUAAAUUUGUGUGAGAUUAAAUCACGUGAAUUAACAAAAAAUGAUUUUUAUAACACUUCAUCAAUGGAAAAUGACUUAAGUAAAUUGUUGAAACCAACAGACGAUGUAAAAAAUUUCAUAUCAUUCUUCAAAUUGCAAAUAGCAUGUAGAUCCUUUAGUAGUAUCAUAAAAUAUAUGAAUCUACUUAAUGAUUAUAGUGCUAUAAACAAAUGUACGAUAAAAAAUUAUAAUAUAAAUCAAUACCUAAAAUUGGACAUGGCAGCUGUAGUAGCUCUUAAUGUACACACAGAAAAUAAUAUAGGAGAAAAAAAGAAAAGCAAUAGUAGUGGAAGCGGAAUGACAUUGUUCUCAUUUUUGAAUAAAUGCAAAACAAAAAUUGGAGUUCGAAAAUUACUCCAAUGGGUGAUGCAUCCAAUAAGAGAUGAAAAAAAAAUAAACGAAAGGUUAGAUAUGGUUAGUAUAUUGAAAGAAGAUGGUGUUAUGAGAUCCAUUAUUCAAUCUGAUUAUCUACGAAAAGUUAGUGAUCUAGAUGUUAUAAUUAAAAAAUUGAAAAUUGUGAAUAGUACCAUUUCAGACAUGACUACAAAAGGGGAAGGGUGUAAAAGUAUGAACACAAAAAAUACAUGUACUAUUGAAGGGUUAGUGAAACUGUAUGAUUCUGUCCUUGUGUCGAAGAAGAUAUACUACUGUCUUAAUGAUUAUACAGGUAAAUAUAGAAACACAUUGGAAAAUAAAUUUUUAACUCCUUUAAAGGAAAUUUUAAUAAGUUUGGAUUCAUUUGUUAAGCUAAUUGAACUAACAGUAGAUUUUGACGAAUUGUGCAAUAACCACUAUUUAAUUUCACGAAAAUUCGAUGAAAAUUUAGAAAAGCUAGCAAAUGAAAAAGACGAAAUAUUCCAUAUGAUAAAAGAACAUCGAAUAGAAGUGGAAGAAGAUAUUAACAAUUUAAAAGGAGUGAACAAAAAAAAUAAUUCAAAAGAAGACAUAAAAUUAGUAGAUUGUAAUGCAAAUACAUUCCUAUUCCGUGCAGUAAAAAAAGAUAUAUCUGCAAUUCAACAAAGGAAAAAAACAUAUUUUCAAGUUAGGAUGAAUAAAAGUGAAAUAUUGUUUAAUACGAAUAAAUUGAAAGACUUGUGCAAACGAUAUGAUUAUGUAUUGCACAAUUAUAACAUAUCACAAGAACAACUAGCUAGUAAGGCUAUCCAAGUAGCUUCAUCCUACUGGGAACCAUUUUUCAAAUUGGCAAAAAUUAUUGCACAAAUAGAUGUAUUCUGUUCAUUCGCAUUUGUAAGUGCAUCUAGCAUAUCAACUUACGUGAGACCUAUUGUAGAAACUAAUGGAGAGGUAUUACAUCUAGUACAGUCACGACAUCCGCUAGUAGAAUCCAAUUUCUUACUAAUGAACAAUUUUAUACCAAAUGAUGUACAUAUGAAUAAAACAAGUAAAAGAUUAAAUAUAAUUACUGGACCCAAUAUGGGUGGUAAAAGUACAUAUAUAAGGCAAAUUGCUUUAAUAUGCUUAAUGGCUCAAAUAGGAUGUUAUGUUCCAUGCACUUAUGCAAGAAUGCCAAUAUUUUCACAAAUUAUGUGUAGAGUUGGUUCAUCUGAUAUACAGCUAAAAGGUAUAUCGACAUUUUUUUCAGAAAUGAUAGAAAUAUCAGCUAUAAUUAAGAAUGCAGAUUCAAAUGCCCUUGUCAUUAUUGACGAAUUAGGUAGAGGUACUUCCACUUAUGAAGGAUUUGGUAUCAGCUGGUCUGUUGCUCAUUAUAUACUUAAUAAAAUAAAAUGCUUCUGUUUAUUUGCUACUCACUUUCAUGAAAUGUCCAAUUUGGAAGAUGAGUAUGAUGGAUGUAUUAACAAUCAUGUUGGUGCUAAAAUUGAUACAGAAAAAAAAAAAAUUUCUUUUCUGUAUGAAAUUAAAAAAGGAUAUGCUGAUAAAAGUUAUGGAGUUCAUGUGGCAGAAAUUGCAAAAUUACCAAAAAGUGUUAUUGACAAAGCUUUCGAAAAAUCUAGAGAAUUAGAAUCAGUUGAAAACAGACAUUAUUUUCGGACAAAAUUAAAAACCAACAAUCAAGAUGAUCAACAAAACACCAAUGCACAAAAUAGUAGUCACCAAUUGAUAAAGCAAAUUUUCUCAGUCGCGAAUGAAGCCGAAUUCAUUUUCCAAGCUAAACAAAACAGGGUUCUUCUCAGAGAGGUGCUGAACGAGAUGUAA